AAUAAAUAAAUAAAUAAAUAAAUAAAGUAUUGAUUUAAAAGAAAAAAAAAGAAAGGAACUGCAUGGUCGGGAAUAUAACUCAGUGGUAGAGCACUUGCCUAGCUUGACCAAUCCCUAAAUUCAAUCCCAAAUUCUGAGGAAAAAAGGAACAAGAAAAGAAAGAGACCUUGUACCUAGGCAACUGAGCUUCCCUAGAUCCAGGCCUUCCUCAUUACCAAGUCUUGAGUCCUCCUGGACCCUUUUCUCCACAUCCCUUCCAUUAGCAACAGUGUUCACAGCCGGGACUUUUGUGAGUAGUCUCCGUUCUCUCACUAACAGACAUGGCUUAUUGCACAUUAUGUGCGAGAGAUUGAGCGAGGCACUGGAGAUACAGUGCCUGACGGUGUUCACUCAUUAAGGGAGCAGACAGCUCAUAGUUGACUGUGUGGAGGGGUAAAAACAGGAAGUUGGCAGGCCAAUUUUACUUCUAGACUGUAUUUGCCUUUUUAAUUUUUAAUCAGGUUUGGCUGUUCUGGGUUGGGCUCUAUCUACCCUUCAGCAGGGGGGGUGCUGUAGGAGUCACUGUGCUCCAUAGCCUGGUACUGGAUACAUGGAGAGGAGCCGGUUAGGCAGGAAUUGAUAAGAUGGUCUAGAAAUAGAAUCACACUUCUUCGUUAAUGUUUUCAUGGUUCGCCCCUGCUGUAGCACGCAUCAGUACUGCCUGCCUUCUUACCACUGGAUAAUGUUAUAUAAUACGCUUACUAUUUUGUUUGUUACUAGUUUGUUUUCUGUCGCUGUGAUAAACACCAUGACCAAAAGCAACACGAGGAGGAAAGGGUCAAUUCCAUUCUAUAACUUAUAGUCCUUCAUGAAAGGAAGUCAGGGCAGGGAUUCCAGGCAGGGUUUGCUCAACCUGAUUUCUUACCACCAGGACCACCUACCCAGGGGUAGCACCACUCAGAGUGGGUCAGGCCCUCCCACCUCAGUCAGUAGUGAAGGAAAGGUCCCACUAGCAUGCCUGCUAAGCUAGUCUGAUAGAGGCAGCUCUUCAGUUGAGGUUUCAACUCCCCGAGUUGACACAGAAAACUAACCAGCACAUGUAAUACCACAUGAUGUGAUAUGUAAGCAGUUUCCUGUGUCUAUAGUUUACCAUCACAUGGACGACAUUUUACUAUCUGAUUCAAAUAUAGCACGAUUAAUUAAAAACCCAGAGACUGAUAUUGAGUUCAACCUGAAGGUCAAAAAACAAAACAGCUAGCCGGGCGAUGGUGGCCUGGGUUCUGGAGACCCACAUUCAGAUUCUCAGGAUUGAAUAGUAGGCACUUCACUGAGCAAGACCAUUCCCCAGCCUUGGGCUAUUUUUGCCACAUUUUAAAAUAUUUUUAUAUCUCUGUUUCUAUUUACUUUGUUAAAUGUCAUUUUAAAAAAUCCCGUCUGAAUGGGGCUAGAGAGAUGGCUCAGCAGUUAAGAAUACUCGACUUCUCAGAGUCCACACGGCAGAGCACAGCCACCUGUAAUUCCAGUUCCAGGGGUCCUACUCUCUCUUGAUCUCUGUGGGUUCUGCAUGCACAUCAGUGUACACACAGGCAAAACACCUAAACACCUAAAGUAAAAAUCUAAAAAAGACUCGUCUGAGUAGCUGUAUAACUGAUAACAAAUUUAAUAUUUAUAAUAAAGUCUGGUUUAAAAGUUAAGAUGUAGAGCCGGGCAGUCGUGGCACAUGCCUUUAAAAUCCAUCCCAGCACUCGGGAGGCAAAGGCAGGCGCUCUCUGUAAGUUCAAGGCCAACCUGAUCUACAGGAGCUAGUUCCAGGACAGCUAGGGCUGUUACACAGAGAAACCCUGCCUCAAAAAACCAAAAAACCAAAACUUAACUAAUAAAGUUAAGAUGUGUUCUACAACUUAAAUAUAUUCUAUCAGGCUUUUGGGGAUGUAAUUGCUAAGGGGUUUUUCAUUUUUAAAUUAAUUUAGUUACCUGAUAUUUCAUACACAUGUGUAACAUUCUGAUUAAUACCAUCCCACACACCUUCUUGUCGUCUUUUCUCUCACCACCUCCACCAACCCGGUUCCUAUUAGUCACUUCCCAGGUUCAUGGUUUUCAGGUUUGGGUUUUGUUUGUGACCCAUUUAGUUUAACUAGGGCCAGCUGUGUGACCAUUGGGUUGUAGCUAGCCAUUGCACCCCUGUAUGGUGAUCAGUGACUACACAACAUUUUAAAGUCUUGGAGUUAGAAAUAUAUGGCUGGUGUUUAACUUAAACUUCUAAAUUUAACAAGUCUGAUAAUCUUAUGCAUAAGUCAUAGAUUAUGAGCAGGACCACAUUUUGGAAUUUACAGUCUGGGUUAUGAGUUCAUCUGAGGGACUCUUCAUACUGUUUUCAUAGCAGUCAUGUGCCAGGCACUGUUGAGAUUAAUUUAUCUAUUACAACCCCAUGCCAUGGAGACUGCUACCAUGUUCCUACUCUUUGUACAAACAAGAAAAUGAAGGUGUGUGUGAUUUACUUGAAAGGUGGACUUCACAUCACCUUGCUAUCAGCCCUGCUCCACUAAGGAGGAAUUAAACCACUUAGAAGAAUGCCUGCCUGAUGCUUGCUUGUUUGCUUUUCACUGACCUGGAAAACGAGCCAUUGAACUCAGGGCUCCUUCUCUCCCAAGUCGGGGUUCCACUCAUUCUUUGAAGUUCUUUAAAAUAAAUUGAUAAAUCGCCUCAGUCCCUCAGCUCAAAGUUUUUGGUGUCCAAUGCGCAGCCCUAACUUGAUGAGACCAAAGCUGGACAGUGGGUGGGGCUGGCAGAGGGGCGGGACUUAGCUGCCGGUGCCUAGAAUUGCUGUUUGGACUAGGCUGUCCUAUGAAGAACCAUGAGCUGGACUUGUCCACGUUGCCAGCAACCAGUUUACUUCGCCGAGAAAGUGAGCUCCUUAGGCAAGAACUGGCACCGUUUCUGCCUGAAAUGUGAGCGCUGCCACGGCAUCUUGUCCCCUGGUGGGCAUGCAGAGCACAACGGGAGGCCAUACUGCCACAAGCCUUGCUAUGGGGCUCUCUUUGGACCUAGAGGGGUCAACAUUGGUGGUGUGGGUUUCUAUCCCAACAGUCCCCACGCUCCCUCCCCUACCAGCAGCAUUUCCCUCAGCCCCAGCAACUUUAGACCCCCAAGACCAAAGGCUGGCCUCCCCCAGGCCAAGAAAAGCCCUCCCUACAUGAAGACAUUUACUGGGGAGACCUCACUGUGCCCUGGAUGUGGAGAACCUGUCUAUUUUGCGGAGAAGGUGAUGUCUUUGGGCAGAAACUGGCACCGACCCUGCCUGAGGUGCCAACGUUGUAGGAAGACCUUGACUGCUGGGAGUCACGCGGAGCAUGAUGGCAUACCCUACUGCCACAUCCCCUGUUAUGGAUACCUGUUUGGCCCCAAAGGUGGGCAGCCAGACCCCAGACACUGGGGCCUAUGGGAAUGUGUGAAGAACUUCUUUUGUAGUCAGACAUCCAAGCUCCUCCCCUCUCCCUUUAGCCCUCAACACUCAUUCCACCAAAGCCCUUGGUGACAGGACUUUCUCCUUCAGGUGUGAACAUUGGCAAUGUGGGCUGCUAUAUCUAUGACCCAGUGGAGAUAAGAUCCAAAUGAGCCAUUCACGGGACUGAUCAUCCUAACUCAGGCCUCCCACCCUCUCUUCGGUCCACUGGAAGCUCUGGAAUUCCCUAGUCCUUUUGGGAGGAAAACAGUGAAAUCCCAGGGGUCUGGGCCUAGGCCCUGUGGUAGACCUGAGUCUGGACUUGCUCUGCCAAUUCUUUGCUUCCCAAUUCCUAUCUGGAUAGGCUACCCCACUUAGAAUGGUGAUCUCCUGGCUUCCCAGUUCUUCUCCCAGCAAUGCUGGAGUUUCCAAGUAUACUCAUCGAGGUCAUUUAUUGAGUCUCAGCUCCCUGGUUUCUCUAAUAAAAUGUUGACUCUCAUAACUUUAACUCUGUAGGUAUGAAGCCUAGACUGUGAUGGGGGAGCAGGGACACAAGCAGCUCCAUCUGUUGGUCCCGUCCU